AUGGCUUCCUCCGCGCGCCCGGACAAGCCUCCCAAUACUUCCAAGCUCGCCAGCCAAACGAAGGAACUCGUCCUGAACGUUUUUGAGUAUUUUAAUAAGGGUGAAUGUGAGUCCGUUCUCGACGCGGCGAAGAAGACUUCCGAGGCGACGCGGCUUUCGGAGAGAACGGUUCUGCAGAUCAGAGCUGAGGCCAGGAGGAGAGCCCCGAUUCGGCCCCGGUCUUGCCCCCAGCGAAGGGCUCCCAAGCGCACGACGAUCGGCGACGUCGACAAGGAUGCUCUGCGAAGGGCCAUCCUCGCCAUUUACGAAAGGGGAGACAUGCCAACCCUCAGUUCGCUGAUGGAGACGGUGAAGGAGCCGCCCCUGAACUUCAAGGGGAGCAGAUCAAGCCUUUGGCGAUUGAUGCAACACAUGGGGUUCAGGUACAAGAAAUUUUACAAAAACUGUGCUAUGCUGGUGGAACGGCCUCGCGUCGUAGCUGCCAGAAGCAAGUUCGUAAGGGAGCUGAGGACCAACCGAUGCAGCGAGAGCCCCAGACCAGAAAUUUACCUUGACGAGACCUGGAUUAACCAGAACAUGAAGGCCGACCAGGACUGGACCCACAAGGAAGGACUCGUGGGGGCCCGCACGAGAUGCAUGAAGGGUGGAACGUACAUAAUUGUCCAUGCAGGGAGUUCCGAAGGCUUCGUAAAGGGCGCGAUGUUCGUGUACAAAUCCAGGAUGGGAAGAAAAGGGGAUUACAGCGAUACGAUGGACAGCCACGCAUUUAAAAAGUGGUUUCAGGAGCAACUCUUGCCGAACAUCCCUCCCAGAUCACUCAUCAUUAUGGACAACGCCCCGUAUCACAACAUGGAGCUCCACAAAACCCCCUCAAUCAAUUCGGGAAAGGGGGAAAUCAUCAAAUGGCUAACAGAUAACUCCAUUCCCCACGAUUCCUCUCACACCAAAGCUGAACUUUUUCAACUGGUAAAACUGCACAAGGAAGAUACCCAUCGCUAUGUGACUGACGAACUCGCCACUGCCGCUGGGCACAAGGUUCUCCGCCUUCCUCAGUAUCACAGCCAGUUUAAUCCCAUCGAGUUGGUUUGGGUUCAGAUCAAAGACGAAGUCAAGAAGAAUUCGGAUAACUGGCAAUAUUUCAACAAACUUGGAGAGCUUAUAUUUCAGGCCAUUAAUCAUGUCACUCCCGAUGACUGGAUGAAAUACGUACAACAAACACGGGAGCUUCAAGAUGAAUACAUAAAAAAAGACCAUGCCUUUGAACACAUGUACGAGACAUUUUCUACUGAACUGACCGAUUCGGACUCCAGCAGCGAUGAAAGUGAUGAUCCUGAUUCCUGAAAUAAAGAUCCCCAGUCCCGAAAAAGACAAACGCAAAUUGUUAAAACAAGAAACAA